ACAGGAACCAGCGACCCCGGAGGACCCCAGUCACCAGGCCGCAACCCGUGGACCGAUCUUGUCAAGAGAACUAUCCCUUCACAUAAAACACCAGUUGUGCCGCUUCUCCGCUCCUCGGCGCCGACGCCGGGGAAGUGUUGAAGCCGGAUUGCGGGCGGUUGCCCACAUGGCGGCCCCCAGCCGCAGAAGCGUGAAGUUGUCCAAAGGAGAAAGGAAAUUACUGAGGAAACAAGUUAAAGCGCAACAUCUUCUCCUGAAACACGACGGCAUCGCAACUGUGUCCGGGCCGACUCAACAUUUAGUCAUAGCCAAUGGUGGUUUGGGCAAUGGAGUCAGUCGACAGCAACUGCUUGAAGUAUUACAGGUGUUUGGAACAGUUGAAAUCCUUCUGAUGUCUCCUAAUAAACCGUAUGCAUUGGCAACAUUUAGUACAAUUCAAGAGGCCAGGGGGGCACACAAUGGUCUCAAUGGACAAGUCUUAAAGACUGAUGGAAGUACCCAACCUAUCACUUUGUAUGUGAAUUUUGUAGAGAAAGUUGUUAGUGAAGAAAUUUCUCCUUUGAGCCUGCCACCGGGCCUUCUGGUGAUCGAAGAGGUUAUUUCUCCUGAGUAUGAGAAAAGACUUUUGGCAUUUGCAGAUGGAAGCACAGACACAAAAGAAAAUGUCCAGAGGUCUUUGAAACAUCGAAGAGUAAAGCACUAUGGAUAUGAGUUUUGUUAUGACAACAAUAACAUUGACAAGGAUAAACCUCUACCAGGAGGUCUUCCUGAAAUUUGUGAUGAAAUUUUGGAGCAAUCCAUGGAAAAAGGCUAUGUGAAAUUCAAACCUGAUCAGCUGACGAUAAAUCAGUAUGAGCCAGGACAAGGAAUUCCUCCCCACAUUGAUACUCAUUCGCCAUUUGAGGAUGGGAUUAUCUGCCUGAGCCUUGGAGCAGAGACUGUGAUGGAUUUUAGGCACCCAGCCGGCCAUAGUGUUCCAGUGAUGUUACCUCGUCGCAGUUUGCUGGUUAUGACCGGUGAAUCCAGAUAUCUCUGGAGUCAUGGAAUUACACCUAGAAAGUUUGAUGUGGUGCCAGCAUCAGAGAUGCAAAAGACUGGAACUAUCAGUGGUGAUGUUAGUAACUUGACCUUGAAUAAGAGGGGAACAAGGACCAGUUUUACUUUCCGAAAGGUCAGGAAGAAACCCUGUGAUUGUGCUUACCCAGAAGUCUGUGACAGUCAAAUUGGUUGCAAAUAUACCGAUCCCUCUCCCUCUGUUCCAACCACUGAUGGGGAUGCCUCAGAGCUGGAACACAAGUAUGUACAUGAUGUCUAUGAUGAGAUUGCUGGCCAUUUCAGCAAUACUAGGCACACCCCGUGGCCAAAGGUGGUCGAAUUCCUCAAAACACUGCCAGAUGGAGCAUUGGUGGCUGAUGUUGGUUGUGGAAAUGGUAAAUACCUGGGAGUUAACAAGGACUUGUUCAUGAUUGGUUGUGAUCGCAGCAAAAAUCUUGUUGAUAUUUGCAGAGAGAAAAAAUUUGAGGUCUUCAUCUGCGAUGGUUUGCUUGUGCCCCUACGUAGUGGCAUUUGUGAUGCUUGUAUUUCUAUAGCAGUUGUUCACCACUUUUCAACAGAGGAAAGGAGGCUGUCAGCUGUCAAAGAGAUUGUGAGACUACUACGGCUGGGAGGCAAGGGGCUUAUCUAUGUUUGGGCAAUGGAACAGGAACACAACAAAGUAAAAUCUAAAUAUCUCAUGGAAAGAAAAGGAAAACCAGUCCAAUCCCAAGCAAAUUGUGCCAAAGUGCAAACAGGAAAUGAAUGCUCUUGCAUCAAUCAAGAUGCCAAUAAAAUGGAUUUAACUUGCUUUGAGCAGUUGCCAGAUAUUAUCAAGGAUGCAACAGAUAAACAAAAUAGUGCAAAGCUCCCUGUUCACACAAAUAGAACUUCCUUUGAUUCACAAGAUCUGCUCGUUCCAUGGCAUUUAAAAGGAGUUAAAGGCCACCACAAAGCUGAUGGUACCUCAGCACUGCAACCUGAAGUCAAAGAACAUGCAGUUUAUCAUCGUUUUUAUCAUGUUUUCUCCAAUGGAGAAUUAGAAAACCUAUGUAGAAGUAUAUCAAAUAUUAGGAUUGUGCAGAGUUAUUAUGAUCAAGGGAAUUGGUGUGUCAUAAUUGAAAAAUGCUAAAAUGUUGUUGCUUGCUUGUAACCUCAGACUUAAUUUGGAAACUUAUUGCACUUAGAAAUAUAGUAUAAAUAUAAUUGUAAUAGUAGUAGGCUUUUUAAAGAAAAGUGCUUCAUAAAGAGGUAAUAAUGAUUAUUACCAAUGCUCUUUACAUUUUAAACACUUGUUUUCAUCAGAGACUUCAGGAUAUCUAAUGAACAAAAUGAAAACCUGAGAAAAAUAUCUAAAAGUUCUAUGUAGUGAGUCAAUUUCAGAAGAUUGGUAUAUGAAAAAAAUAAUGGAUCCAGAAACCUCCCAUCAGGAACUAUUUGGAGCAAUCUCAAAACAUUGCUGAUCAUUUCUCUUUCUUUCUACUCUGUCUCAUUGUGAUGCAUGUUUAAAUAGAGACUCAACAGAGGAGAUCAUUAGGCACAUUACAGAUAAUGGCUUUGUGUCAAUGUAUUGGCAUGUGAUUGCACUGUCUCACAACUGCAACUAUUUACUCCAUUCUUGGAUUAAUUUAUUUUCUGACAUGGAAGUGGAAACAAAACUUACUUCCCCCAGUAAGUACUCAAUACAAGCAAAUAGAAGUUAAGGUCACCACAGCCAUGUCAGUGGGGCAAGUUGUAGAAAAGUUUUAUAUGAUAGAAAAUCUCCCCGGAAGGGGGUGGGGAGAAGAUUUGGUGGAAUAAUCCUUAAAAAGGGCUUUAUUCAUGUGUGAAUAAUUGUUUUUAUUUCGAGUAUAUAGAGAGGCGGUGACGGUUCAAGUCACUAGCAAAUGGGCAAAUGAACCACUAAAUUUUAUUCAUUUUAAAAAUGUAGGAGUACACUGAAGUGUUGAUGUCUUUCAACACUAUCUUCAUCCAUUCUUAAGAAGCUUUGAGUAUUUACACUACUGUCUGGUUGGUUUUCUUUCUAUUUAUUUCAUAGCUGCUCCAACUGAGAUUGUUCCCAGUCGACAUUAAAUGUAGUUUGAAACUCACAUGAAUUGGAAUCCUGUAUUAAACAGAGUUUUACAUUUUGUGCACUAAAUAUUCCUGUAUAAUAAAAAAAAUUAUCACCAAUAAAUGAGGAAUAACAUUCUAUAAUAGGUGUAUAUAAUACCUUUUUAAAAAUUUAAUGUGGAAUAAUUUUAUGAAAAGAACUUGAUAGUGGCUGACUUCAAAUCUAAUGAGUGUUUUGAUUUCCCCAUCUGUCCAAAUAAGGUGGAAAGAAAAUAUUUUUAAAUGCAAAAGACAUGUAGGAAACUGCAAAUGUAAAAAAAAACCCUUAAGCAAUGAAAAAAGGCUCCAGUUUUCUGGAUUUACUAUUUUAAUUUUGAAUUUAUAGUUUACUAUUCUCUUUCCAUUAGCUGGUUUGGAAAAGGUUACUGAUGAUGAGUAAUUUAUUCAAGGAGGUAUUCUACUUUCAAUACAAAAGUCAUUAACUUAGUUUUGUUUUAAACUAGAUUGCUGUGCUGUUUUGUAUUAAGAUUUUUUUUGUAAUGCAUGCAACACUUUCCUGUUCUCAGCAUUACCAGAACAUGUACAUUAAUAAAGUUGCCAAAUUGUGA